AUGUAGACAUGGCUGAAAACUGUCUUUGGAGUUACCACCCUGGCUGCGCUUGCUUUAGUGGUGAUAUGCAUUGUCUUACGUCCCUCAAGAGUUUACAACCCUGAAGGAAGCACAAGGAGAGCCCUUACCCUGAAGGAUAUUUUAAACGGAACAUUCUCAUAUAAAACAUAUUUUCCCAACUGGAUUUCAGAACAAGAAUAUCUUCAUCAGUCUGAGGAUGAUAACAUAGUAUUUUAUAAUAUUGAAACAAGAGAAUCAUAUAUCAUUUUGAGUAAUAGCACCAUGAAAAGUGUGAAUGCUACAGAUUAUGGUUUGUCACCUGAUCGGCAAUUUGUGUAUCUAGAAAGUGAUUAUUCAAAGCUCUGGCGAUAUUCAUACACAGCGACAUACUACAUCUACGAUCUUCAGAAUGGGGAAUUUGUAAGAGGAUACGAGCUCCCUCGUCCAAUUCAGUAUCUAUGCUGGUCGCCUGUUGGGAGUAAAUUAGCAUAUGUAUAUCAAAACAAUAUUUAUUUGAAACAAAGACCAGGAGAUCCACCUUUUCAAAUAACUUAUACUGGAAGAGAAAAUAGAAUAUUUAAUGGAAUACCAGACUGGGUUUAUGAAGAGGAAAUGCUUGCCACAAAAUAUGCUCUUUGGUGGUCUCCAGAUGGAAAAUUUUUGGCAUAUGUAGAAUUUAAUGAUUCAGAUAUACCAAUUAUUGCCUAUUCUUAUUAUGGCGAUGGACAGUAUCCUAGAACUAUAAAUAUUCCAUAUCCAAAGGCUGGGGCUAAGAAUCCGGUUGUUCGUGUUUUUAUUGUUGACACUACCUACCCUCACCACGUGGGCCCAAUGGAAGUACCAGUUCCAGAAAUGAUAGCCUCGAGUGACUAUUAUUUCAGCUGGCUCACAUGGGUGUCCAGUGAACGAAUAUGUUUGCAGUGGCUAAAAAGAGUGCAGAAUGUCUCAGUCCUGUCUAUAUGCGAUUUCAGGGAAGACUGGCAUGCAUGGGAAUGUCCAAAGAACCAGGAGCAUGUAGAAGAAAGCAGAACAGGAUGGGCUGGUGGAUUCUUUGUUUCAACACCAGCUUUUAGCCAGGAUGCCACUUCAUACUACAAAAUAUUUAGCGACAAGGAUGGUUACAAACAUAUUCACUACAUCAAAGACACUGUGGAAAAUGCUAUUCAAAUUACAAGUGGCAAGUGGGAGGCCAUAUAUAUAUUCCGCGUAACACAGGAUUCACUGUUUUAUUCUAGCAAUGAAUUUGAAGGUUACCCUGGAAGAAGAAACAUCUACAGAAUUAGCAUUGGAAACUCUCCUCCGAGCAAGAAGUGUGUUACUUGCCAUCUAAGGAAAGAAAGGUGCCAAUAUUACACAGCAAGUUUCAGCUACAAAGCCAAGUACUAUGCACUCGUCUGCUAUGGCCCUGGCCUCCCCAUUUCCACCCUCCAUGAUGGCCGCACAGACCAAGAAAUACAAGUAUUAGAAGAAAACAAAGAACUGGAAAAUGCUCUGAGAAAUAUCCAGCUGCCUAAAGUGGAGAUUAAGAAGCUCAAAGACGGAGGAAUGACUUUCUGGUACAAGAUGAUUCUGCCUCCUCGGUUUGACAGAUCAAAGAAGUACCCUUUGCUAGUUCAAGUGUAUGGUGGUCCUUGCAGCCAGAGUGUUAAGUCUGUAUUUGCUGUUAAUUGGAUAACUUAUCUCGCAAGUAAGGAGGGGAUAGUCAUUGCCUUGGUAGAUGGUCGGGGCACUGCUUUCCAAGGUGACAAAUUCCUGCAUGCCGUGUAUCGAAAACUGGGUGUAUAUGAAGUUGAGGACCAGCUCACAGCUGUCAGAAAAUUCAUAGAAAUGGGUUUCAUUGAUGAAGAAAGAAUAGCCAUAUGGGGCUGGGUGAGUUGUUUUAUACAUUCUCUGCCUGUUACUCGGUUCGCAUCUAUCUACUCGGAGAGAUUCAUGGGCCUCCCAACAAAGGACGACAAUCUUGAACACUAUAAAAAUUCAACUGUGAUGGCAAGAGCAGAAUAUUUCAGAAAUGUAGACUAUCUUCUCAUCCACGGAACAGCAGAUGAUAAUGUGCACUUUCAGAACUCAGCACAGAUUGCUAAAGCUUUGGUUAAUGCACAAGUGGAUUUCCAGGCGAUGUGGUACUCUGACCAGAACCAUGGUAUAUCAUCUGGGCGCUCCCAGAAUCACUUAUAUACCCACAUGACGCACUUCCUCAAGCAAUGCUUUUCUUUAUCAGACUGAACCAAUGCAAGUACUAGCGUGUAGGACAGUCUGAAGGCUUCACAUUGACGACUUGGACCAUGAAUAUUGUAAAAACCGCUAAAACUUUAGGAGGGCUCAGAAGGUUAGGCUCGGUAUUGUUUACAUUUUCCUAUGCUCUGUGAAAGAAGAGAAAAGGGGAGCCACACAUCUUGCUUUGGACACAAUGUUUUAUUACCUGUUC